AUGGCCGUCCCUACACGGAGACAGGCUCGUGCGGCGUCGAGGGCCGGUAGGACCACGGCCUCCAGCAUGGCUCGCAGCAGGAAUUCCACCACAGCCUCAAGCCGCUACUAUGCGUCAAGUCGUCAGCAUGAUCAGACGUCCAGCUACGUGUCCGGCUCUUACUACGAUGACUCUCGCCACUCAUCGAGGGAUACGUGGGAGCGCGAUACAUGGGAGGACCUGCCGCCCUCCAUCGUCGACACCGGCUCAGACUCAUCCUCAUCCGUUUACACAUAUGACUCUGCCUACUCAGACGAUCGGUCUUCAGAGUCUCACCACGACUCGGAGCAUGACAAGAAGGACGCCGAGGGAGACGACUGUGCCGCAUCGUCGGGCAUCCCGCCGUCUACGCUGCCCCCCUACACCUGCAUGCCGGUGCCUGAGAUCUCGGUCCGGUCCUCAGACCCCGAGACGUUUGCGCAUCUCUUCCCGUCCAUGGACCGCCUGUCCAUCCGACAUGAUGACCGAACGGCCGAUGGGAACAUGAACCUCCGCGUCGACGCCAUUGUGCCUGACCUGUCAUCGCGGCGUCGCCGUGCCGUUGCCAUCCAGCUCUUCCACCUGCGCAUGCAUGACCUUGCCAAGCGGGAGUUCUCCCUGCGACGCUACUGCCGCGACUCUGGCCGUGAGGUGUGCAACUCCAAGGGUGCCAACCCCCACCAUGAGCGCGCCACAACCUCCUCCUCCUCCUCCCUCUCCCGCUCCGUCACCAGCGCUCUGCGAUCCGUCAAGACCUCGUUCCGACGAUCCAGCGGCGCCGCCGCCGAGAAGGCCGCCGCCCUCUCCACGACGCCCAACCCUCGUCGUCCGUCAAUUGGCAGCAACAACUCUUGGGGCUGCGGUGGCUCCAUCUACUCCGAGGAGGCGGCGGGAUCCGACUCGGACGAGCCCAAGCUCCCCUCUGCGCGACCCAUCCCUCUCAACACGCUCAAGCUGGAGUUCAGCAACUACGCUCGCGUGGACAUUGUGCGCCGCCCAGGCAAGCAGUACGACUUCCAGUGGUGGGGACACGGCUACGCUUGGCGCAGGGUCAUGGACAAGGCCCUGGGCAAGGCUGCCUUCCACCUGCUUCGCGACCGGGAGACGGAGCCGGUGGCGAUCAUCGUGCCCGAGGGCCGGAGCCCGAACCAGGUCGAGGCCGACCAGACGGCGGGCAACUGGAUUCCCCCGUGCUACAUGUGGAUCUGCGACAAGUCUGUCAUUGAAGCCGUGACGGACGUUGCCGACAUCAUCAUCGCCACCGGCCUCAUGGCUCUUGUCGACGACUCCAUCCUCAGCCGCUGGCCUCCCGCCAAGAAGGCCGGCACUUACACCCGUCCCGUCACGCCGGCUCGGCCCCACACCGCUCCCAGUGCGACAGCCACCACCGUCGCUGCUCCUCGCAUUGUUGUGAGCAAGGCCACCACGGUUUCUGCUCCUCAUCAUCAUACGCGACCGAGGAUGCUCGUCCACGGACUCCUGAACAAGGCCCACACCUUGAGCCCGCUCCGCCUCAGGGGACACACCAUUGUCGCCUACUAG